AUGGUUGUUAUCUCUGAAAUAUCUUCACCUUCAUCUUCUUCAUCAACUCUUGUUCCUGGAUAUGAUGUUUUUGUAAGUUUUAUAGGUUUCGACACUCGUUAUAAUUUCACUGAUCACCUCUAUAACACGCUUCUGAAUGCUAACAUCAAUACCUUUUUGGACGAUGAAGAGAUUGAAACCGGGCUAUCUUUGAAACCGGAAUUGGAGAGUGCAAUCAAAGCAUCCCGAGCUUCUAUUAUUGUGUUGUCUCAAAAUUAUGCUUCGUCGACCUGGUGUCUUGACAAAUUAGUAUUGAUUCUUGAACAACUUAGGAAGCCAGGCUAUAUUCUUAUCCCCAUCUUUUAUCAUGUCGAGCCCACUGAUGUCAGGAAGCAACAAAAUAGCUUCGGAGAAGCAAUGGCAAAGCAUAAAGAGAGGAUGGAGAGAGAGACAAAUGCAGAUAAAAGAAGUCAAUGGGCUCAAAAAAUAGAUCUAUGGAAUAAAGCACUUACACAAGUUGCUGAUUUAAAAGGAGAAACUGCAAAGGGCAGGUAG